GACUGUUGGCAUACUAGCAUGGAUCCGAAUUGCGCUUUUACUGCAACUGCCCGUCGUUUUAAAUGGUGGCCGAUUUUCUACGGCUGCAAGAAGACAUGGUUAUCUUUUUGAAAUUUUCGAUUUAUAAAUAUAUAUAGUCCUUGUUGUGGAAGUAUAACUGAGUUUUAAUACCGGAGUGUUUGGGAUUUCUAUGAGAGCUCUUUGGCGGGAACUGUAAGCAGAAGAAGGAAGAGUUUGAGAAUUUGAAGGAGAUUUGGAUAUGGGGCUCAGAAAUCUUUUCAUUUCUGCGGCUAUGCCAGUUCUGAAACUUCUUAUUGUGACUGGCGUUGGGUCAUAUCUCGCAACGAAGCGUGUCGGUAUCUUAGGUGGAGCUGCUAGGAAGCAUUUGAACAACGUGGUGUUUUAUGUAUUCAAUCCAUGCUUCGUGUACACCAAUCUAUCUAAAACUAUCACACUCAAAAGCAUGGUUUCGUUAUGGUUCAUGCCAUUAAAUAUCCUUCUUACUUUCAUAAUCGGCACAGUACUUGGGUGGGUCGUCAUCCAAAUUAUAAAACCUCCUUCCCGUUUGAGGGGGCUCGUUUUGGGCUGUUGUGCUGGUGGAAAUCUGGGGAAUAUGCUUAUUAUUAUAGUCCCGGCUAUCUGUAAAGAGAAAGGAAAUCCAUUUGGAGCUCAAGAUCUCUGCAAUAAAUAUGGACUCGCAUACGCUUCACUGUCUAUGGCUAUGGGAGCCAUCUUUCUGUGGUCUUAUGUCUACAAUGUGGUACGAAUAUCUGCGAGUAGGAGCGACAAGGUAGGCAUAGUGAAUGGUGUCAUGGCUAGUACGAAUCUGUCUGAAGAAAGAUCAAAGGCACUCCCAGGGGAGCCAAUUUCAACCCAGAAUCCCACUAUGUGUGAGCAUUUAGAAGAUCAACGUGAACCGCCUUCCACUAGAACUGAGGAGUUAAACGGAAAACCGAUGGUACCCGUUCCAGUUCCAGCUCAGCUUAAACAAAUUUUAAAGACGAUUUCAGGAAAAGUCGACAUGAAGAACUUAUUGGCACCUUCCACCAUCGGAGUGAUUAUUGGGUUUUUCAUCGGAAUGAUUGCUCCAAUCAGAAAGCUGCUCAUUGGUGAAAAUGCUCCUCUUCGGGUGAUCCAAGCAUCUGCUGCAUUGUUGGGUGAUGGAGCGAUCCCAACUACCACCAUUAUUAUGGGAGGAAACCUUACCAAGGGAAUUCGCAAGUCAGAAGUUCGGGUCUCACUCAUCAUUGCAAUUAUUAUCGUUCGUUACAUCGCCUUGCCUUUGUUGGGCGUAGGCGUAGUUGAAGGGGCGAUUCAUUUGGGUUUGGUGCACAAGGAUCCUCUAUAUCAGUUCAUUCUUCUGUUGCAGUUUGCACUUCCACCUGCAAUGGACAUAGGUACAAUGACCCAAUUGUUCGGAGCAGGCGAAAGUGAAUGCUCUGUGAUUUUGCUGUGGACGUAUUCAUUGGCUAUAUUAUCGCUCACACUAUGGUCCGCCUUUUUCAUGUGGCUCGUGUCUUAAUUGCGCUGCCCUCGUUCAUGGCGUUUGUUUGCAUUUCAUCAAUAUGUAUAGUGAUCAUUUGAAUGAUGAUCUCAUGAUCCAUCUUCAACUUACGAUAAUUGGCUCCUGAGAAUGAACGAAAGAAGCUCAUUAUCAACUAGCGAUGUUCGCCAACAUAAGCAAUGAGGUCUCAUGCAUUUGGUUGAUGUGGGAAAUUCAACCUUAGAAGUGUAUUAAACUACCUUUUAUUUGCAAGAAUAGGAGUGAAUGUAUUAGCUCUAUGGAAAAAUGAAUCAACAGAACACUUAAUUACAGAGCUUGCAGGGAUUUUUUGUUGCCAGUUAUUUCUUGAAAUUUAUGGGUUAGUAGUGUCUGAUCUUUCCCUAUUUUCA